GAAUAUGGUCUUGAUGAUAAAAAAGCUCGUGUAAUUUGUAUGGAUUAUCGUGACAUUCCAAGGCGCCCAAAAUAUGAUAAAAUUACUUGCCUUGAAAUGGCUGAACACGUUGGUGUUAGGCUUUUUUCUUCAUUUCUAUCUCAAGUAAGAGAUAUGCUUGAAGAUGAUGGUUUGUUCUUUUUACAAAUAGCAGGUCUUCGUCGCACAUGGCAAUAUGAAGAUUUAAUAUGGGGUUUAUUUAUGGCAAAAUACAUCUUUCCUGGCGCAGAUGCCUCUUGUCCAUUGAAUUGGGUCAUUAAUCAAUUGGAGUGCGCUGGAUUUGAAAUUCAAACUGUUGAUACCAUUGGUGUACAUUAUUCUGGCACCAUAUUUCGUUGGUAUCAAAACUGGCUAAAGAAUAAAGAUACUAUUAUUGAUAAAUAUGGAAAAAGAAUCUGGGAAAUCUUUUUAGCAUGGUCUACUAUAAUUUCUCGACAAGGUAGUGCCACAUGUUAUCAGAUUACUGCUCAUAAAAAUUCCAAUGCAUUUGAUCGUGCUGGAUUGAUUUCUGGAAGACUUAGGGCUCAGGACCAAUGA